AUGUUGGAGGAGAGCUCGUCCACGUCGACACACACGACGGUGAAGCACACCUUCAAGGAGCUGUGCGACUCGUACGUGGAGAGCUCUAUGCCGCAUAGAUACCAAGUCGUGCACCAAAGCGCGCUGCAAGCGCGCAGAUCUGUCAACGACCAGACCACCAGCGUCGCCAAGGGCCAAGCACCAGCGGCUGCGGCGGCAUCACCCUCCCUGACGGUUCCACCCGAGCUGGUGCGAGAGUACGUGCGCAUGAAGGAAGAGGCGCUCGCGCACUGCCACCGCCAGAACGCCCCCAUGGACAUCUCGGCGCGGAGCACGGAGGAGUUGGAGGCCGAGAAUGUGUACUUGCGCUCGCUCGUACUGUGGCUGGAGAGGCAUCUUCAGCAUCUCCCCUCGUUCGAGACGCGACCGGGUGAGGUCGUGUCUACUCUGCCCUCCCCCCGCCCCGUUCCGCGGCGCGAAGGCUCGCUCCCCACCGAACACCGGCUCAGCCUAUCGGCGGUGUGUCCCGAGCCAGUCGCCAAGCAUGCAGUGGGCCAGUACAACUCGCUUAUGCUUCGAAGCGGUUCAGAGGCGUCGCCUCCUCCAGCCACGGCGCAGCAAGUGAGCGAGUUACAGGAGCAGAUCGACCUCCUGCGCGAGGCGGUGCGGGGGCUUAGUCAACGCGCCUCCGGUACCGAGGGGCACUCCUCCAGUCCUGCGCCCGCUGACGCCGCUGCGCCGUCGCUGCGGCUGCGCAUCGUUUCCCCGUUGCCUGGCUGCGCUACCCCAACCUGCACAACAGACGUGCGGACGCUGCAGCAGAUUAUCCUGCACCAGCAGCAGACUAUUCGCUCCCUGGAGCAGGAGAUGGAGGACGUCCACACAGCCAAAGCACAGAUGGAGCAGGCAAUGAUGCAGCUGCGCGAGGCCACGGCCACCAUCGCCGCACGCAAGGAGGGCUGCACAGAGGACGAGGACGUGGGCGCGCUUGGUGCCACGGCGCAUUGGCGCUCCACAUGUCAGACGGAGGAUCGCAUCUCUGACUGCGUUUCACUUGCUGAUGCAGCCUCGUAUGACUAUGCAGGACAGGAUGCCGCGGAUACUGUCGGCCACGCCACCGUACCCGGGGCUGCCGGUGAGGGCACAGCAGCGCAGGAGAUGCGAAAAAUUGAUCUGGAAGCCGCGGUGGAGCAGGCGCCAGAGAAGCGACGGGCUGCCACGUUUGGCGGAAUGCGCCCACCGCUGUGGUUCGACUCCAACACGUCGUUUGCAGAUCCCAUUCGGCUGACCGGUGGGGCAGCGGGAGAGGACGAGGACGUGGAUGAGCCAUCCAGCGGCAUGCGGACUCCGCUGCCGCGUCGCACGGUGCUGCUUCACCAGCGCUUCUCCUCGGCCACUGGCGACACGUCAUCUAUGUGGGGCGGUGCCGGCGUUGAUGAGAGCCCGUUCACCCAGCACACGCAGAUGAGCUGCGGCACAGCGUCGAAUCGCCGCACCUCCGCGGCUGUCUCUUUCGCCUCCCUGUGA